AUGCCGCAUCCACUUGAGGAGUGGUUGCCCAAUGACGCGCCUUGGGCGACGCUCUCCACGGCCGUAUUGAAGAAACAAUGCACUAUCCGCAAUUUGCCCACCACGGGACACUCAAAGGAUCUCGUACAACGUCUCUCAGCCUAUAGUCAAGCUAAAAUGAAGACGUCUGACACCAAACGUCAUCACCCUUGGCUAACGGAGCCUGUAAACCGCGCAUCGUAUGAGAUAGCCGCUUAUGUCCUGCGGUUUGUUCUCAACUGCCCGGAGCCUUACAGCUGGCAGAGAGCUUUGCUGCCCUCCGAACUUCGAACGAUCUACCAGCACAGCCACGCUAGCCGCGCCCUCGGUCCAUUGACCCCAGAGACCCAUAAUAGCUUCUGCAUCUUCUGUUUUCGAGAUCACGACGCAACUCACAGAUGGAUGAACCAAUGCGAGAAGUGCACAAGAGUAAUGCAUCACGUGUGCAGACAGAACGCCGAAUGGGUAAGAAUACCCGUGAGAAAGGGCAUGUGCUGGAUCUGUUACGAAGAUAUCAAAUGGAACAUUGAGAAGUUCUGUUGGAAAAAUCGGGGUUUACCUGCUGCUCAUCGCAUCACACCUCCUGUACCAGCACGAACUUAUUCGGCGGCAGAGGCUGCCAGAGAGUUAAUCCAGCACAAAGAGCCAAAGGAUGAUGUCUCCAAAACCUCGAGCUUAUUAAGCAACAAAGACUCCAAGAAAAGACAACUCAGCAACACUCAGAGUACUAACCGACGCUUUCCCUCUGUUCUGUCUUCAAAGCCGCCCUCAUCCAGCACUUCUCCUGCUCUGAAAUCCACCGUCAACCAGGUAGUGCCUUACCUCGUUGACGGCCUUCGACAGGGACACCGGAAAAGCAAAAUCAUAACACUUAAGCUCAGCAAGAAAGGCGCAGCACUGAGCACAUCCAGUCCGAACAACGAACCUACCCCACUCCCGGGUAAUCCAGCGCUUAUUUGGCAGGAAACGCAGAAAACACGCGAGCAGCAACGACAGGAGAACGAGAGACACCAAGCUGCUCUUCCAAACCUGUCUCCCGCCCCGGAUCAUAUCCUUUCUGCUGUGAAUCCCGGCGGAGGUAAUAUGGAACCAUCAGAAGUCGCCCCUGCUCCUAAUGCCGCGAUAGUUCCCGCUGAGGAUCCUACUUCUCCUCGCGCAUGCUCUUCAGCUGCCGAGACUUCUGUUUGCACAGCUACAACCGCUACUCCUCAGCGCGAUCAAGGGGGCGCCACCUCUAUUUCUGCUCGCGAUGUCCCAGUUGGAGGCGGUAAGUCCCAGCCCCCCCAAGUCAGUGUUACAACUGCUAGUACAACUGAAUCUGCCGAUGCUACCGGUGCUCAGGACACUACCAGCAUUACCACCGAGAAUCCUACAAGUGCUUCUGCACCUGUUCCUACUGAUCAUUCUACUUCCGGUCCCACGCAUGCUCACUCUGCGUUGGAUCUCGUUCAGGAGUGCAGUCGUUUGGCGAAGAAAUCUACCCAAAUUCGGAAGAAAUCGGAGCGCGAGGCGAAGAGGAUGGAAAAGAAGCACAGGCGGGAGCUGGAGAAAACCAAGAGGAAGAGCAAGAAGGAAGUAAAGCGGCUCGAGAAAAAGAUCGAGAGCUUGGAGAAGGAAGUGUUAAAGGCUUUGGCGGGCCCGGAGUAG